AUGGAAGUCUUUCAUGAAAAGAGAAAAGCAGGUUCAGGAGUUGAAGAAAGUAGGUUAGACAUAAACACUGUGGCGGCUGGUGGUGGAUCGCGACUAUUCUUCGCAAAUGGAAUUUUCGUUGUUGGUCCGGAAAGUGUUGGUGCUCAUCCUGGCCCUGUUUGUUACAGAAAAGGAGGCCACCUGUCAAUCACUGAUGCAAACCUUGUGCUUGGUCGCAUUCUCCCAGAGUACUUUCCCAAAAUCUUCGGUCCCAAUUGCGAUGAAAGUCUGGAUAGGUGUGUUCUCUGCUCGUUUCAUUGUUUAUAUGAGCUCUCGAGUUUAAGCGAAGCUUCUUACUCCGCCAUGAAGGAGCUAACAAGUGAAAUCAAUGACUACGUUAAGAAUAACCCUGAUGCCGUCCAGAAGGAGUACAGUGUUGAAGAGGUUGCUUUGGGAUUCGUUACAGUGGCGAACGAAGAGAUGUGUCGUCCAAUAAGA